UCUCUCUCUCUCAACCCAAAAUCUCUGUUUUUUGGUUACCCAGAAAUCCAAAUCCAAGUCUCGGCCAUCAAACCCAGAAACUGAGCGUUAAUACCCAUUUUCGUUAACCUUCCUACAUUUCUCACUUCUCCCCUAAUAUUGCCCUCAAACUACGAUUUCUUUCCUAAACUAACCCCACCAUCUCUCUCUAUCUACCACUCUACCACCCAUGGACCAAAUUAUCAGUGUCAUACGACGAUGCUUGAAGCGGAAGCGGGAGCCAGAAUCCGAAGACCAAAACCAGGCUCGCAAGAUUCUCCACGUCGAAGGCUCAAACAAAGAAGUCCAAUCAAACUCAACCACAACAAGUACCUCCUUUUCCAGACCUCAUUGGAAUUAUGACGUGUUCUUGAGUUUCAGAGGUGAAGACACUCGCAAGAACUUCACCGAUCACCUCUACUCCGCCUUGGAUGGAGUCGGAAUUCGUACCUUCCGAGAUGAUGAGGAGCUUGGAAGAGGGAAGACCAUCUCUACUGAACUACUCAAUGCGAUUCGUGGAUCGAGAAUUUCCAUUGUAAUUUUCUCCAAAGGCUAUGCUACUUCCAGGUGGUGCCUUGAUGAACUUGUUGAGAUCGUGCACUGUAAGAAUACAAUAGGCCACACUCUUCUUCCGAUAUUUUAUCAUGUGGACCCCUCGGAUGUUCGAAAACAGAUAGGAACUUUUGCAGAAGCCUUUGUUAGGCAUGAAGAACGGUUUCAUUCUGAUAAGGAGAGGGUGUGGAAGUGGAGAGAAGCUCUUACUGAAGCUGCGAAUUGUUCCGGCUGGGACCUUGAAAGUGUUGCAAAUGGGUAUGAAUCAAGAUUCAUCAAAGAGAUUGUUGAAGAAGUUAUGUGUAAAGUAAACCCUGCUCGGUUGGAUGUCGCCAAACACCCAAUAGGAAUAGAGUCUUGUGUUCAUGAUAUUAAAGGCUUAUUAAAUCUUGGAACAAGUGAUGUUCGCAUUGUGGGCAUUUACGGAAUGGGGGGAAUUGGUAAAACAACCCUAGCAAAAGCUGUCUAUAAUGAAAUAUGUAUUGCAUUUGAAGGAAGUAGUUUUCUUUCAAACCUUAAAGAAAGUUCAGAAAAGCCCAAUGGCUUAGUUCAUUUACAAGAACAACUUCUUAAUGAUAUCUUGAAAACAAAUUUGAAAAUUGGUGAUGUUGAUAGAGGAAUCAGUAUAAUUGAGGAAAGACUUAAUGGAAAAAAGGUUCUUGUUGUUCUUGAUGAUGUGGAUGACUUUGAAAACCUGCACACGUUAGUCGAAAAGCAAUGGUUUCAUCCAGGAAGUAGAAUCAUUGUAACAACUAGAGAUGAACAUUUGCUUACUCAACUUGAAGUACAUAAAAAAUAUAAGGUUGAAGAAUUGAAUUAUUGGGAGUCUCUUCAACUUUUCUCCUAUCAUGCCUUUGGGACAGCCCUUCCAAUAGAUGAUUACCAGGAGCUUUCAAGUAGUGCAGUGACAUAUGUAGGAGGACUUCCAUUAGCUCUUGUGGUUUUGGGUUCUUUUCUAAAAGGAAGAAGCAUUGAUGAAUGGAAAAGUGAAUUGGAAAAAUUACGAAGAACUCCUCAUGGCAAGAUUCAAAAAAUACUUAGAAUAAGUUAUGAUUCACUGGACAGGUCUACCAAGGACAUAUUCCUUGAUAUUGCAUGUUUCUUUGUCGGUAUGGAUAAAGAAUAUGCCAUCAAAAUACUCGAUGGUUGUAAUUUCUUUCCAGGGAUUGGAAUGCCUAUUCUUAUUCAGAGGUCACUUGUAACAAUUGAUUGCGGAAAUGGGUUGAAGAUGCAUAAUCUGGUUCGACAUAUGGGAAGGGAAAUUGUUUGCGAAGAAUCACCCAAGUAUCUGGGAAAACGUAGUAGGUUGUGGUUUCACAAGGAUAUCUUAAAUGUACUAGACAACCGUAUGGGAUCGAAAAGAGUGGAGGGCCUCAUCUUACAUCUCCCUGUACUUGAAGAUGUAUAUUUGACAACCGAAGCAUUUACAAAUAUGAAGAAUUUGAGAUUGCUCCAAAUCAAUUCUGUACAUCUCAGAGGAUCUUAUGAACAUCUCUCUAAAGAGCUAAAAUGGCUUUGUUGGCACAAGUGCCCUCUGGAAUUUCUACCACAGGGUUUUCAUCUAGAGAAUCUUGUUCUUCUUGACAUACAGAAUAGUAAUGUCAAACAAGUUUGGAAGAAGAAUAAAAUAUUCAACAAGUUGAAGGUCCUUAAUCUCAGCAAUUCCAUAUAUCUAACCAAAUCACCAGACUUCUCACAAGUCCCACAAUUGGAGAUACUAAUACUUGAGGGUUGCACCAGCUUGGUUAAGGUUCAUAAGUCCAUUGGAUAUGUCAAAAGACUUGUUUCAUUGAGUUUAAAAAAUUGCACGAUCCUCAAGGACCUUCCAAGAAGCAUUUCUAACUUAGAAUCUCUUGAAACUCUUGACUUAUCUGGUUGCUCAGCACUUGAAAAAUUACCCUCAUUUGGUCUUUUGAAGAAUCUCAAAACUGUAUCAUUAUAUGAAUGUAGUCGUCUCACCGAAUCACCAAACUUCUUAGCUGCCACACAACUAGAGCACCUAGUACUUGAAGGUUGUACUAGUUUGGUUGAGAUUCAUGAGUCCAUUGGAUAUCUAAAAAGACUUAAUUUGCUAGAUUUACAAAGAUGCGAGAACCUUAGAAAUCUUCCGAUCAACAUUUCUAAAUUAGAAUCUCUGAAAACUCUUCUCUUGUCUCAGUGCUUAAAUCUUGAAAGGUUACCCGAGCAAUUGGGGAGUAUGACGGCUUUAACGGUGCUGAAAGUGGAGAACACUACUAUUAAGCAACUACCAUCCUCCUUUAGCCUUUUGACGAAUCUUGAAACUUUAUCAUUACUUGGAUGUGAUUGUCUUAUCGAAUCACCUGAGUUUUUACAAACAUCACGUCUAAAGGAGUUGAUACUUGCAGGAUGUACUAGCUUAGUUGAGGUUCACAAGUCUAUUGGACUUCUAAAAAGACUUGUUUUCCUAGAUUUAAGUGGAUGCAAGAAGCUUAUGAAUCUUCCAAGCAACAUUUCUAACUUAGAACUUCUUGAAACUUUAUCAUUAUAUGGAUGUGAAUGUCUUAUCGAAUCACCGGAGUUUUUACAAACAUCAAGUCUAGAGAUGUUGAUACUUGCAGGUUGUACAAGCUUAGUUGAGGUUCACAAGUCUAUUGGACUUCUAAAAAGACUUGUUUUGCUAAAUUUAGGUGGAUGCAAGAAUCUUAUGAAUCUUCCAAGCAAAAUUUCUAACUUAGAACGUCUUGAAACUCUUUUGUUGCCAGACUGCUUAGAGGAGGAUAACAUAAUAUCGGAGAUAUUGACGAAAAGGAUGGAAUUAAAAAUCUUGGACAGAAACAGAGCUGCUAUUACGCAACAACAGUCCUCUUCAAGUCCUUUGAGGAAUCCUGCAACUUAUUCAUUAUCUAGAUGCGAAGGAGCAUCCUCAUCAUGGAUAUCACCCAAAAGCUCCAACUACAUAAGUGUGUCGCCGUUCAUUUCUGAAUUAUGUUCUUUGACAUGGAUUAGAGAGCUAGAUCUCAGUGGGCGCAAUUUGUGUGAAGAUGAUUUUCCCAUUGAAUUUGGAUGCUUGUCUUCACUCCAUAAAUUGGAUUUAUCAAGAAACAAUUUUCGUAACCUACCUAAUUGCAUUGGCGGCCUUCCUUCAUUAUAUAGGUUGCAUUUGAAUGAUUGUACUAAUCUUCAAUCAAUCUCAAUCCACAUUGGUGUGAAGGUUUUGAAAGCAAAUGGCUGCACAUUAUUGGAAAGAGUCUUAACUUUGGCGGAUGAGAGUUUAGGAUCUUUUUUGAGGAAUAGAAUUACAUAUGUUAAUAGUGUAUCAGAUCUUCGCAUGGGAAGGUGCAACAAUCUAUCACCUGCUUUUAGGGAGACUGUUCUCCAGAUGAUGUGCAAGGCAGAUGUCUUUUGUUCCAUUUGCCUCCCUGGAAGUGAGAUUCCAAAUUGGAUUAGCCAUCAGACGAUCGGUUCUUUAAUAUCGUUUCGUGUACCUUCGUUUUGGGGUGCUGGUAAAGUGAGCAAGUUGGUUGUUUGGGUUGUUUAUGCAGCGAACGAGGAAGCACCCAAAGACUUCUAUCGAAACAAUGGGUUCGUCUUGUACUUUCGUAAUAAAACUAGACAUCCCGGAUAUUCCUUUCCGAAUCCGCAUGGGACCAAAUUUUUUUAUAGCUUUGAAGAUCAUAUAUUUGUAGAGGCGAUGAGAUUUCCUCGUUUAGACCAUAUAGUGAAAAGUGGAGACGAAAUAGAAGUCAAAGUGUCACAGCAGAUUGAAGAGAACAAGUGCGGAAUACAAGUGAAGAAGUGUGGAAUUCACUUAGUUGACGAGCCAAAUGUUAUAGAUGAAGAUGACGUGCGCUCCUACACAUCUGAUUUUGAUAUUUCUACAGAGGAUGAGGUCUGACCCAUCAGCAAAUUGAGAGCACAAAUCCCCUCAAAGAAGGGCAAUAUCACCUUCAACGGUGUGGCAGAAGUACUCAUACUGUCACACAGAAAGCAGUCAAGCUUGCCUCUGCCUCAAGCAGAUGGUACAGUUGCAGAAAUUCUUCAAAUAUGUAACUGAAUAAGCACGGUAAUCUCAUUGAGAAAAUUAGUUUUCUAGAGCUUAAUUUUAUAUAUUUGGAAUUAGUUAGUUUAGAACUUUGAUCUUUUUGAUUGAUCUCAAAGGAAGGCAUACUGCAGGGAGAUUACAUUAGGUGGUUUGAAAAAAGUGUGUUCCAAUGGACAGGGAACAGUGUGUCUCCUGCAUCAAGUGUUUCAGGCUCAAAUUUGAUGUCUCCAAGCAAUCACCUGUUUUCUGGACCAACUCCAAUUGUCAGAAAGCUCUUCUCAGGAUCUUCUCCUCUUGGUGGUGCUGGCAUAUUUAUCCAAUGAAGAGUUUCGAGACAAAUUUGAAAUGAAGAAAAGAGCUUUCUACGAGCUUCCUAAAUGGAGACAAAACAAUCUCAAGAUGUCCCUUGAUCUAUUUUAGGGCAUGCUUUCAUGAGACUAAAGCUAGAUGCUUGGAGAAUUUCAAUAUUGCUUAGAACUUGACAAGUUACCGGAGCAAUUGGAGAAUUUGAAGGCUUUAAAAUGCUUGCACGAAAGUAGAAUUAGUAGUAAGCAACAGCCAUCCUCACCCAAAAGCUCCAAGAUCAUAAGUUUGUUACCUUCCAUUAUUGAAUUAUGUUCUUUGACAAAACUAAGACAGCUAGUCUUAGGUGGGUGCAAUUUGUCUGAAGAUGAGUUUUCCAUUGAAUUUGGAUGUUUACCUUCACUCAAUGUGUUGAAUUUAUCAAGAAACAUUUUUUGUAACCUACCUAGGCUUAUCAGCCGCCUUCCUGGAUUAUGGGAUUUGUCUUUGCACGA